GCCAGGCCAAUUCCUCGCUUAAAUCGCUUUAUAAGACCCUAUCGGCUUUUGAUGCAAACGAUCGAGUUUAUCUUUAGGCGGGGCUGAUAACAAGUUGGCGCGUUCAGUGUGUAUCAAAAUGUUUAUUGGGACGGUUUCUGACUGGAUUUUGCUGCAAAUUAUGCACAACACCUGUCGAGGUUCCAGACCGAUGUGUCAGAUGUGACUUGGUGUUAAAUCAGUGGUAUCAUUGCUAUCGCUUUACAUGUCCUGUAUUGAAUUGUCCCAUAUCACAACAUGUAAAGAACCCGAAGCGGGAGCAUGAAUUUGACCGCUCUGCGUCGAUUGCAAUGCAAAUUUCGCAGAAUUCAUUAUCAGGUGCACGACACGUUUCGUGUAGAUCCAUGUACACGCUGUUCCUGUCAGCAUGGCGGAAUUAUCUGCCGGAGGUUCGUAUGCCCAAUGAAAGAAUGUGA